AUGGAUCCUCUACAUCACCAAUUCAGUAGCCUCCAACCACAAGCUACUCGAGAUCUCCAGCAUGGCCACGGCCAGCAACACCUCUCCCAUCAUGCCUUGACCUCGCAAACCGCCGGUUUGGACCUCAGCGGUCUCGACGAUACGGACCAUGUUUACCAGGAGCUGAAUCGCAUGCAGGAUGGACAUGCUGCUUUCCAGUCGCAAAACCCCUUCGAGAGAAACCAUCUACACGCGCCUCUCCAUGACCAUUCCCCCCUCCAUGCCGGCCAUACUCUUCACGACAGUCACCCUCCUCACACGACCCUUCACGAUUCACACCCCCCGCUUCACGAUCCUCAUCCUCCCUUACACGACUCACAUCCUCCUCUGCACGAUAACCAGACUUCUCUCCACGAUGACCAUGCCUCAAUCCACAUCCAAAACAAUGGCAGCCCUCACCCGCUGCCCCAUACCCCACAACAUAGCAAUGGCGGUCAGUUCGGCAUGUUGACUGGAGGUCCAGUCCAGCACAAUGCGAUCAGCCGACUCCAAGAAGAAGAGCUAUUUGGGCCACCCCCUCCGGUACCUGAGGGUUCCGACCAGCAGAGCAACGGCCACCAAAGUAAUAGACUGGUUGAUAAUCCACCAAAUCUGGACGAAUGGCGACAGAAGCUCUUUGACGUUGAUCAAAUGAUUACUUUAAGCGAGGACGAAUACAACACAUAUUUCCCCCAUGUCGAUAACGUUUACUCUCAUCGAUCCACGCAAAAGUACAAGAAAAAGCCCUUCGUAUCACAUUAUUGGGAUUGUCGUCUGAAGGGACGGCCACCAGGAACGCCAAAGUCAGAUGAUCCAAACAAAAAAAAGCGCAAGAGGACAGCUCGCGAGCGUGAUCUCUGUGAUGUCAAGAUCAAGAUUACCGAAUACUUCCCCGGUGCCUUGCAACAAGCUGGAUUCGAGCCGGAAAACGGUGGUCAGCCGGCUUCAAGUAAUGGCUUCUUUGGAUCAAAUGAGGCCGCUCAAGGUUCCCAAUUUGGCGUGUCUAUUGUUAAUCCAACCCAUCCAGCCAGCCACCCAGGUGCGAAUAGCGCGCGUUAUUACACUAUCCAGCGUGUUAAUGGCAAUGGUGGCAAUGGCAAGGGCGACGGUGUUCCAGGACCUCACAAACACGACCUUGCCGAGAGCGAUAGAGUUAAGAAAAACAGCGUUCAACGUAUGAUGUCUAAGAAGGAGAAGGAAGAUAAAAAGCAGCAGAAAACAUACCAUAAGAAGGCUAGCGGCACUGCCUUGAUGACCGUUAAGAAACACUCCAAGGACCAUGAACUCAAGCUUUAUGGUAGUUGUCAUUGCCCUUUUGUUCAGCGAGUCUGGAUCGCGUUAGAAGCCAAAGGGGUCCCUUACCAAUACGUAGAGGUAGACCAACUUAAAAAACCACAAGCUCUUCUAGAUAUUAGUAAUGCUGGAUUGGUGCCUGCGUUACGCAGCAAUAAUUUCAGCAUGAGUGACAGCACAGUCCUCCUCGAAUACCUAGAAGACUCUAUGCCCAAUGUCGCCCCGAUGAUGCCACCCCAUCCCCAAGACAGAGCCAUAGCUAGACUUUGGGCCAGUCAUAUUGAUCGAAAAAUUAUACCCGCGUUCUAUUCCCUUUUACUGAAUCAGGAUUUUGCCAAACAAGCCGAGUACACAAAGAAACUCCAAGAUGUUAUUCAGACGCUUGUGCAUUCGUCGGAUGCAAUAGGCCCGUUUUUCAUGGGCCCAUACUUGUCUUAUGUUGACGUUAUGUUUGCUCCUUGGAUGCUCAGGCUUUCAAGAGUCAUGAAACAUUACAGAGGUUGGCAAGAUCCCGUUGGUGGCACUCGAUGGGCAGCCUGGAUGGACGCUAUCGAGACUAACGAACACAUUCGUAACACAACAUCAUCGGACGAUCUUUACAUUGACAGCUAUGAACCUUACGCACAGAAUCGUACUGGCACGACCGGCCUUGCUGACAUAACGAAUGGUGGGAUCAAUCUAACCCUACCGGCAGGACAUUAA